GUUUCCUGUAGCAAACCGGCAGACUGAAUGCAUAUAAUAAACAUUUGUGUGGCAGGUAGUGGCUCUAACAGGAGUAAAACUGUUCUGUAUUUCACUCGACAUGGAAGAAGAAAACGCAGCACCUGACUGCGGUGAGCUUUCCAAGUGGGAGAACGGAGCAGAAAGCGAAGCUGACCUUUUCACUACAUUUUCUAUGAAAACGCUUCUUGGAUUUACAACUAAACUGGAAUCAAAACUCUCCAAAGAAGAAGCUGUGCUCAAAGCAUUUCAACCUUUGCACACCAAUAUAAAUGCUCGUGCUGACAGCCAGCAUGAGAGGAAUGAUGAUGAUUGUGAUGACGCCUCAGAAAGCCAGCCCAGAGUGAGCAGGAGCAGUGGGCAAGCUGACCCAAUGCCUGACAGCCAGCCUGGCCUGGAACUGGACUUAGCUGAGCAGAAUGAAUUACUGUGCCACCAUUUAAGGUUUGUGGAGACUCCUUUGUCCGAAUCUGAUAAUGAUGACAAGGAUGCUAUUCUUGUGCAAGGUACUUUGGUUCAUACAACCAGCGAUACAGAGUCGGACAGUGAGAGCAAAGACCCAGACACCGAUGAAAACAAAACUAUCAGAUGUGUGCUAAAUAAUGCUGCUUUGUCUGCUCAGGCUUUGGACAAUAACAGUCAAAAUAAGGAAGAGUCAGAAUCAGAAGGGGACAAGGAUAGUGAUUACACUGUGAACACAGAUGAAACGGAGUUACACCCACCACUUUCUAAGGAGCUUCCAGCAGGGCUGGGUAGUAAUCUGGAUCAUGACUCUGAAGGAAAAGACAGCGUGUUAAUGGAUGAGCACUUAAGUCGCUUGCUUGCUAUAGGGAAAAGCCCUCAAGAACUUUCAGAUGAAGAACAGAGACCUUCAGCUGGUAACACCUCUCGCCAAAAAACAACGCUGGUUGAAAAGACUUUUCAGCUGCCUGCUUUCUUUAGUGGACUGCGUGUGAGGAAAAAAGGACUAACCACAGAGGAUGGGGAGACUGUUACAGAAAUUAAACCGAGGGAGGAUGAUUUAGCUCUGCUUAAGUUACGACAGCCUGUUAAGAAAUCCAACAUUACAUCAGGUUUGACCACUAAAAAAAAAUCAGCUGAGCUUAAAGCAAGUCCUACUUUCCUGGAGCAACUCUCUCACUUGUUAAACAUAGAUGUCUCCAAGAAUGACGAGAGAGCAGAAGAUUCUGGUGAGGGUUCUGGUGAGACUGAGGACAGUGAUGAAGCUCAAGAGAACAAGGCAUCUGUUAAAACAGAACCACGUUUCCUCUCUGAGGAAAUAAAAUCAAGUCCUACUGAAUCUGCACUGGAUGUUUUUAAAGCUCUAUUCACGCGGCCUCCCAAAAAAGAAACAACUGCAGAUCCUUCAGAACUGGAAGCCAUAAAACGCAAAAUGAGAAAUGAAAAAGAGUCCUUGAAAGCUGUAUUUGAAAGGUCAAAAUCAAAACCCGGGGAUGGACCGUCAGACAAAUCUCCUGACCUGAGUCCCUCAGAGCAAGAUGACAAGACUCCAGGGAGACUCCAGACUGUAUGGCCACCACCAAAAGCACAGCAUGAAGAGGCAAAAGUAGGAUUAAAGUACACAGAAGCAGCUCACCUAAAGCUUUACAAGGAGAGACCACGAGAGUACCAAGCUGCCAUUUUGCAUUUAAAGAGGGAACACAAAGAAGAGAUUGAAACGCUAAAGUCUCAGUUUGAACUCAGGGUAUUCCAUAUUCGUGGAGAACAUGCUGUAUCUACUGCACAGCUUGAGGAAACUAUUGCACAUCUGAAGAAUGAACUGGAAAAUAAAUUAAAUCGAAGAAAUGAAGCGGCAAGGGAUAUUGGUGUAUCUACUGAAGAUGAUAACCCACCAAAGACGUACAGAAAUGUGUACAUACAGACUGACAGAGAAACUUUCAUAAAGCCUAACGAAGAAGAAAACAGAACUGUGAGAAAUAACCAGACAGUACCCAAAAAACUUAAUAUUUCUUCUUUGACUCAUAGUAUUUCUUCCCAAAGUGAAAAUAAGGAAAUAUGUUACAAUGUACAGUCUUCAGAAAGUGGCUUAUCCUGUCAACCAAAACAAAACCUGCCUCUUCCUUCACCACCUCCACCUCCUCCUCUUCCUCCUCCCCUUCCAGAUUCUUCACUACCAGCAUUAGUCCCUCCAGCACCACCUUUACCACCAGGUCUGAAUUCAUUGUCAUCCCACCUCGGACCUGCACCAGCACUGCCACCUCUGCUUUCUGAAGAGAGUAGGAGUUUUCAAGCUUCACCACCACCACCACCACCACUUCCAGGCCUGGGCCCUCCUGUUCCUCCUCCACUGCCUGGACCUGGGUUGCCUCCACCCCCUCCACCUCUUGGGCCUGGAUUCUUUUUUAAUAGCACUUUAUCUUCUAGCCAUGGUCCUCGGAAACCUGCCAUUGAACCUAGCCGUCCAAUGAAGCCUUUGUACUGGACCCGCAUACAAUUACAAGGCAGCAGGAAAACUGCUAUGCCAACAUUGUGGGAUUCACUGGAAGAACCUGAUUUACUUGACACAACUGAGUUUGAAUAUUUAUUCUCCAAAGAUACUGCUCAGGAAAAGAGAAAACCACUGUCAGAGACUUAUGAAAAAAAAACAAAGGCCAAAAAGAUUAUCAAAUUGUUGGAUGGAAAACGAUCUCAAACUGUAGGAAUUUUAAUAUCAAGUUUGCACCUGGAAAUGAAGGAUAUUCAGCAAGCUAUACUGUGUGUGGAUGACUCAGUUGUAGACCUGGAAACACUAGAAGCACUAUAUGAAAAUAGAGCACAAAAGGAUGAACUGGAAAAAAUAAAGCAACAUUAUCAGACUUCAAAAGAAGAGGAACUGAAGUUCCUGGAUAAACCAGAACAAUUCUUAUAUGAGUUAUCUCAGAUCCCCAACUUUGCAGAACGGGCCCAGUGCAUUAUCUUCCAGUCAGUCUUCUCUGAAGGGAUAACAUCAGUGCACAGGAAAGUUGAUAUCAUAACUCGAGUUUCCAAGGCUUUGCUGAACAUGACAAGCGUAAAAGAAAUUUUAGGUUUGAUUCUAGCUUUUGGAAAUUAUAUGAAUGGUGGAAACCGGACCCGAGGUCAAGCUGAUGGAUUUGGUUUGGAAAUACUUCCCAAACUAAAGGAUGUCAAAAGCAGAGAUAAUGGCAUCAAUCUUGUGGAUUAUGUUGUCAUAUAUUACCUACGCCAUUGUGAUAAGGAAGCAGGAACAGACAAGAGCAUUUUUCCUUUACCAGAACCACAGGAUUUUUUCCAGGCCUCCCAAGUUAAGUUUGAAGACCUAAUAAAAGACUUAAGGAAACUGAAGAGAGAACUAGAAGUCUCUGAAAAGCAGAUGAAAUUAGUUUGCAGAGAGUCUUCAGAAGCACAUCUCCAGCCCUUCAAGAAGAAAUUAGAAGAAUUCUUCCAGAAAGCUAAAGAGGAACAUAAAAAAGAAGAGAGCAGUUUGGAAAAUGCACAAAAAUGCUUUGAAGAAACAGUAGGCUACUUUGGGAUAAAGCCAAAGCCUGGUGAGAAGGAGAUCACACCAAACUAUGUUUUCACGGUGUGGUACGAGUUCUGCAGUGACUUCAAGACCAUUUGGAAACGAGAGAGCAAAAGCAUUUCCAAGGAAAGAAUAAAGGUGGCUCAGCAGUCAGUAAGCAAGUUAACUGCAGAGAAGAAAGUUGAAACGAAGAAAAUCAACCCUACAGCUAGCCUGAAAGAAAGACUGCGUCAGAAGGAAGCCAAUGUGACCACCAACUGAAAGAAGACACAUGAAACUAAUGAGUGUGACUUAAUACCUUGCAUGAUGCUUUACUAUUCCCAUUCUCAAGGGAGCACCUUAUGUUAGAUGUUGAAUUCUACUUUGUUGAUCUGUUCCAAGACAAUCCACUAAUAAUUUUUCAGUUCCUUCAAGGGGGUUUGUACAUUCAGUAGAGAGAGUUCCCUUAGAAGUUGUUUACAUGCGAAGUCUAGAAGGAUAACACUUGCUUAAAUUUAUUAAAAUGUAUCUAUUUUUAAUGGUUAUUUGAAGUACUCUAUGCAUAACACAUUAAUAUGAAAGAGCCAAUAUUGGAAUUUUGAAUGCUGAGUUAAGCAGUGACUAAAAACCUGUAAGCUAUUUACAGAAACUUUGUGUAGGUUAUAGGAAAUAUGCCAUUCAGCUCACAAGAGACUA